CGCGCCUAUCCCAGCACAGAUCCUAGUCGCAAAAAAGCUGUGCGAUCAUCUGGUUUUAUUUUUAAUCCGAACAAAUUUGCGCGACUUAUCAGAUCACGAAUUAUUAGGUUUUCUUCGGCUAAUUUGCUGAUCUCUCUUCAAUUACCGAACUGAAAUAUUCAAAAUUAUCGAUUAUCAAUACUGAGGUUUUAAAGAAAGUAUCGAAACCACUGAUCGAAACCUGUAUUAUUUGCUCUGGAAUUAAAUAAAGCCCUAUUGUAUUAUUCUUCGGCCCCUCUGUUCGGUCGCCAUAUUUUGGAGUAUGGUGUCAAAGAAUUCUCGACCCUAUAAAAUAGAAUAAAGAGUUCUUGUGAUAUCAGAGCAUGGAUCCAAAGACGGUGGUGGGAAAGCUGCAUGCAGCAUUUCUUAGUGGUAAGACAAGAUCUUUGGAAUUUCGUAAGCAGCAGCUGCACCAGUUGCAUAAACUAUUGAGUGAAAAUAAAGAUGAACUUUUAGAUGCUUUACAAGAAGAUCUACGGAAGCCAUUGGCAGAGUCCAUUUUAUUUGAAGUCCAGUUUGCACUUAGUGAAACAUGCGAUGCUCUAAACAAUAUUGAUGAUUGGGUGAAACCUGUUUAUGUUCCUAAAGAUAUACUUAACAAAAUGAACACAAUCUACAACAUUUAUGAACCACUUGGAGUCUCAUUGAUCAUCACGCCAUGGAAUUAUCCAAUAAUGAUCAUUUUUAUGCCCCUCGUAGCCGCCAUCGCUGCAGGGAAUUGUGUACUAAUUAAGCCUUCUGAACUUGCUCCAAAAACGGGAGCUUUGGCUGAAUCUUUGAUCUCAAAGUACCUGGACAAGGCUUGUUAUGCGGUCAUGCAAGGUGGGGUGGAAGAAACAACUGAAAUAUUAAAGUGCAAAUUUGAUCAUAUUUUUUACACUGGUGGCUCUGCUGUUGGGAAAAUCAUUGUGAAAGCUGCAGCUGAAAAUUUAUCAAAGAUUACCCUUGAACUUGGCGGGAAAAGUCCAGUGUACAUAAAUAAAGAUAGCGACCUUAAACUUGUGUCCCGACGCGUGCUCUGGGGAAGAUUUGCUAAUGCUGGACAGACUUGCGUUUCACCAGACUACGUCAUGUGUCACCCCAGCGUCCAAGAUGAACUUGUCAAGAACAUGAAGGACACGAUAAAAGAAUUUUUUGGCGAGGACCCCAAGAAAUCUGAGCAUUUUGGGAGAAUUAUCAAUAGUAGACAUUUCAAUCGACUGAAAAAGUUAAUGGAAAGUGGCGAAAUCGCGAUCGGAGGAGAAACGGAUGAAGACGACAGAUAUAUUGCGCCCACGAUUCUUGUGGAUGUUGUUCCAUCGGAUACAAUCAUGCAAGAAGAGAUCUUUGGACCAGUUUUACCAAUCAUCAAUGUAGAAGACGAAGAUGAAGCCAUUGCCUUUGUUAAUUCUCGCGAAAAGCCGCUAGCUCUUUACGUUUUUGCAAAUGAUAAAAAGAUAAUCGAAAAGUUCAUAGCAAACACGUCCAGUGGUGGUGUGUGUGGUAAUGAUACACUCCUACAUGCGUCAGCUGACCACUUACCUUUUGGUGGCGUUGGUCACAGCGGCGCUGGGUCGUACCAUGGGAAGGCUGGAUUCGAGGAAUUCUCUCAUAAGAAACCUGUCUUUGUCACUGCACAAAUGUUGGAAAGUUUAAAUUCGAUGCGCUACCCACCAUAUAAUGAUACAAGUGUAAACAGAAUGACUUGGCUUUUGGGUAAAACUUUGAAGAAAACACCAAGUGGCCUUCUGUAUAUCCCAAGUUUAGUAUUUGGUUUUCUUGGCAAUAUAGCAAUGAAGAUUUUGGGACUACCACGGUACUUUUUAAGUUAAAAAAUCUCCAGGUUUAUAUAAUAACCGUAUUGUUUUAGGGGAAAUUGAUAUGUAACUACGGCUGUUUAUCUUCUUGUAUAAAUAGAUGUAUUGCCAAAGAAUUAACGAGGGAUAUCGAGUACAUACUAUAGUGAUAACUAUUAACUAUAAUUACUAUAGGCUUGUAGGAAAGAUAUUCGAACUUAAUUGCCAAAAUGGCCACUUUUAACGGGUCUGGGCAUAAGACCGCAUGGUCAUAAAUGGUAUCGAUAUAAUUAUGUAAUUCUUUUUCGGAUUAAAUAACAUUGAACGAUU